GUUCAGACUAUAGAGCGCGAUUUACUUUGCCGGAUACGCUCAUUUAGAUUACAUUAGUGCCCCACAUAAUCCGUGCAUAUUAUUAAAGCAUUUUAAGACAUCAAAAAAAAAUGCUUCCGCCGGUGUAUAUCGAUUUUAAAAAAUUGUGAUGCACUCUUUACAACGCGAUAUCAUCGUUUGUGGUUUCACUUUGAUAUGUGAUGAGCUGACUGUCUUUUAAUUUUUCAACUACCAUUGUGAUUCACUGUAAUAUGGCUGAGGGAAACGAAGGUGCUCCCGACUGUUUAGAAAACACGUUCAAUUUAAAUAAACAUGCGGCAGAAGAUAUUGAAAUGAGCGCGCUGAAACCUUUUCCAAAUUCGGCAACGCAAGCCCAAAUUGUUAGUAGAAGUACAAUUCCGGAAAGAGGGACAUGGGCCACAAAAUUGGAUUUUAUACUAUCAGUAGUAGGAUUAGCCAUCGGUCUUGGUAAUGUAUGGAGGUUUCCUUACCUUUGUUACAAGAAUGGCGGUGGCGCCUUUUUGGUUCCUUAUUUUAUUACACUUUUUCUCGCCGGUAUUCCAAUGUUUUUCAUGGAGUUGGCAUUAGGGCAAAUGAUGACGAUAGGAGGGCUCGGAGUGUUUAAAAUUGCUCCGAUCUUUAAAGGAAUCGGAUACGCAGCGGCCGUUAUGUCCUGUUGGAUGAAUAUUUACUACAUUGUUAUCUUAGCGUGGGCAAUAUUUUACUUUUUUAUGUCUUUGCGAUCGGAUGUACCAUGGAGAACGUGCGAUAAUGAAUGGAAUACAAAGUUUUGCAUAAAUCCGUACAAUCGUAGUUCGCUUUAUUGUUUUACAGAUUAUACAAACUCCACCAAGGUGUGUACGAUAAAUAAUUAUAACGUAACUAUAAACGAGCUAACGGAUCCCGUCAAGGAAUUUUGGGAGCGACGGGCUCUUAUGAUAUCGGACGGAAUCGAGCACAUUGGAAAUAUUCGUUGGGAAUUGGCCGGUACUUUGUUAUUGGUUUGGAUAUUGUGCUAUUUCUGCAUUUGGAAAGGUGUCAAAUGGACUGGGAAAGUUGUGUAUUUCACUGCCUUAUUCCCUUAUGUACUUCUAACAAUUUUGCUCAUACGUGGCGUGACAUUACCAGGAGCGAUGGACGGUAUAAAAUUUUACGUAAUGCCAGACAUCUCGAAACUAAAAGAAUCGGAGGUGUGGAUUGACGCUGUAACCCAAAUAUUCUUUUCGUACGGCCUUGGGCUGGGAACACUUGUAGCACUGGGAAGCUAUAAUAAGUUCACUAACAACGUCUACAAAGACGCCCUUAUAGUCUGCACAGUAAAUUCGAGUACCAGUAUGUUUGCGGGUUUCGUCAUCUUUUCGGUGGUUGGCUUUAUGGCUCACGAACAGCAAAAACCUGUGAACGAAGUGGCCGCCUCAGGUCCGGGACUCGCCUUCUUAGCGUACCCUUCGGCCGUCUUACAACUGCCUGGGUCGCCAGUUUGGGCUUGCUUAUUCUUUUUUAUGAUUCUAUUGAUAGGUUUAGACUCGCAAUUCUGUACCAUGGAGGGUUUCAUCACGGCCGUUAUUGACGAGUGGCCCAAAUUACUAAGGCCCAAAAAAGAACUUUUCAUCGCCUUUGUGUGUGCUCUGUCAUACCUGGUGGGACUGUCGUGCAUCUCGCAGGGAGGAAUGUACAUUUUUCAAAUACUAGAUUCAUACGCUGUAAGCGGAUUUUGCUUACUAUUUUUGAUCUUUUUUGAAUGCAUUUCCAUAUCAUGGGCAUUUGGUGUGAAUCGAUUUUAUGAUGGUAUUAAAGAAAUGAUCGGUUAUUAUCCCAUGAAAUGGUGGAAAUUCUGUUGGACUGUUACGACUCCACUUAUCUGUGUUGGUGUGUUUAUCUUCAAUUUGGUUCAGUGGACUCCUGUUAAGUAUCUUAACUACGAAUUUCCUUUAUGGGCACACCUCUUUGGAUGGUUCACAGCUCUCAGCUCAAUGUUAUGCAUUCCAGGAUACAUGGUAUAUAAGUGGUAUACAACGCCAGGAGAUCGAGAAACUAAAAUUCGUCUACUCAUACGCAUAGAAGAUAGUGUUCCCUCACUUAGAGCAAAAAUGCAAGCUCAUUCACAUCACGCAACAUCCGACGUAUAACAGAUUCUUAAUGUGUAAAUUGUAAGUUUUGAGAAAACUAAUAAACGUCUUAGUUUUCCCAACGUGCACAAAUACAAUUCUCGCGUCUUCCAUUAAAGUUUUCGUGUUCAUUUUAGUUAUUGCUUUGUAAGUAAGCGUGUAGGAAGUUUAAAUAAGUAAUUUAUUAAACGAACUAGUUUAAAAUAACGUUAGAUAAGAAAAAUAAUGCGAUGCUCAACAUUUGGUUUACGUUUCAUUGAGAUUCGAUCAUCAAAUCACGAUCUACAUAAUAUAAGGCACUAAAGGGCACGUUCUAGGUACAAUUAAAGUGGACAUUUCCCUUCGACCUAACAUAUAUUUGUUAUAAUCUUAAUUAUUUAUCGAUAGCGCUGUUUUAAUAUUUGUAAAUCAAUUUUUUAUUUGAUGCUACACAUUAGAACUUUAAAGUAAGCCAUACAGUAUUGUUAAUGUUUUCUUUGUCUGACUAGAGGAGUGUAGAAUAAUUAGUAUACGAAAAACAAUGUAAUCGACAAACUUGAAAAAUUUAAUGUACAUUGAUGUAAUAAUAUAAUGUAUCGCUUCUUGGUAGUUUUAAGGUUUAAAAUAUUACUGUACCUACCGAAAAUUAUAGACAAUAUUAAUUAAAGUAAAAUUAAAUCUU